UCCCAGCCCUGUUUCGCUUUGAUUCCUCAACGCCUGUCCUGUCCUCACAACUCCUGCCUCUUCUCCACACAACUGCGGUGUUUUGGAGCAACAGUAUUUUAACUCUGGGGGGGUGGGGGUGCGGUUUGUUAACUGCCAUGAGGAAUACAGACCCAUUUUUUGUCUUGGCUGUGCUUUCCUUUUCUAUUAACGGAAGUGAGUCGGCUGAUGCUGAAGAGAAGUUAAUGAACCAUCUCCUCAACGUUUCACGCUACAACAACUUAAUUCGCCCAGCCUUCAAUUCUUCACAGUUAGUUGUGAUACAAUUGGAGGUUAUCCUGGCCCAGCUUAUCAAUGUGAAUGAACGGGAACAGAUCAUGACCACCAAUGUUUGGCUCAACCAGGAAUGGAUCGAUUACCGCUUAGCUUGGGAACCGUCAGAAUAUGAAGGCAUCCACAAACUCAGGAUACCGGCGAAGAAAGUGUGGCUCCCGGACAUUGUGCUGUACAAUAAUGCGGAUGGUACCUACGAAGUCUCCGUCUACACAAAUGUGAUUGUUCAGCACAACGGAAGCACUUUGUGGAUGCCGCCAGCCAUUUACAAAAGUGCCUGCAAGAUUGAAGUGAAGCAUUUCCCCUUCGACCAACAAAACUGCACCCUCAAAUUCCGCUCGUGGACUUACGACCACUCUGAAAUUGAUAUGAUUUUGAAAACUGGCUCGGCCAGUAUGGAUGACUUCACCCCCAGCGGGGAGUGGGACAUCGUGGCCCUCCCGGGACGAAGAACGGAAAACCCUUUAGAUCCAAACUACGUGGAUGUGACCUAUGACUUCAUCAUCAAAAGGAAGCCUCUCUUUUAUACCAUCAACCUCAUCAUACCUUGUGUGUUGAUCACAUCCUUGGCCAUCUUGGUGUUCUAUCUGCCAUCCGAUUGUGGAGAGAAGAUAACUCUGUGCAUCUCAGUCCUGCUCGCUUUGACCGUUUUCCUGCUCCUGAUUUCCAAAAUUGUUCCUCCAACUUCCCUUGACGUUCCACUGAUUGGGAAGUAUCUGAUGUUUACCAUGGUGUUGGUGACGUUCUCGAUUGUGACCAGCGUCUGCGUGCUGAAUGUCCACCACAGGUCUCCCAGCACCCACGCGAUGCCUCCGUGGGUCAAGGUGGUCUUCCUUCAGAGACUGCCAAGCUUCCUCUUCAUGAGGAGACCACACAACCAGUCAGCAAGUCAACGGUUGAGCAACCGCAAGAAGAACAAAGCGGAGUCUUUUCCUUCCGAUUUCUCCAGCACAUACAAAGAUUGCACUUACUUUGUGAACACAGCAGCAGGCCAAAGGUACAACGUGAAGCUGACGGACAACCCUGAUCACAGCAGCAGCCAUCAAAACCUGAGGUUACGAUCAUCAGUGAAGUUUUCUCCCGAGGUCCAAGAAGCAAUUGAGGGAGUCAGCUUCAUAGCAGACCACAUGAGGAGCGAGGAUAACAAUGAGAGUGUCAUUGAAGACUGGAAAUAUGUGGCCAUGGUGGUGGACAGGCUGUUCCUCUGGAUAUUUGUCUUUGUGUGUGUGCUGGGAACCACUGGAUUAUUCCUGCAGCCCCUUUUUCAAAACCACCUGCCUGCCAUGAGCCCAUAAGUUGAGCUAAAUCUAACUCCAAAGACUGCGUAUUCACAGGAUGGGAAGUUCUGAGUUCCACAGUUUCAAUUUCAAGAUUUAUACAGACCUUGGUUUGUUUCUUUUUACUGCCCCUUCCCAGUUAUACAUGAAUAAUCCAUGUAACACCGUUACUGAGAAGACUAUCUACACAGAGCAGGUUGAAAGAGGUAGGCAACCUGUAACAUGUAAUCACAUGGCAUUACAUGUCCAAGGAUUGUGUAUUAAAAGAGUAUUUUACUUAAGUAUUUUGUGUGGGAAAGAUUUUGUUAUGUCA